UAGGAAAUGGAGAGGAAAGGGGCCUUAUCGAUACGUUAGCGCGCUGCAAAUUUAGUGCCGAUAUAUUUUUAGUUGCGGCACCGACGUUUUCAUGGUGGACUAAUGCUGAUUUUUAUAACCCAUGGAGUCCCAUGAGGAAAAGCCCAUCAUCUACACCAUGGAGAACAAGCCGAUUGUAACGUGUGCUGGAGACCAGAACCUCUUCACUGGUCUCUAUGGUCUCCUGUCACAGCAGCUGCCCAGAGAACCGAUGGAGUGGAGAAGGUCAUAUGGCCGAGCGCCGAAAAUGAUCCACCUGGAGGCCAACUUUGUCCAGUUCAAAGAGGAGCUGCUCCCAAAGGAGGGGAACAAAGCCCUCCUCACGUUCCCUUUCCUGCACAUCUACUGGACCGACUGCUGCGACACAGAGACGUACAAGGCAUCUGUGAAGGAAGACAUGCAGCGGUGGCAGGGCGCGCUGCGUCUGCACGGCUCCACCGACUGGCUGGUGGUGGUGGUGGAGAGCGACGGCAAGAAGAAGAACAAGACCAACAUCCUGCCACGCACCUCCAUCCUAGACAAGAUCCGCAACGACUUCUGCAAUAAGCAGAGUGACAGGUGCGUAGCACUGUUGGACCCCCUGAAAGACUCAUCCCGUUCUCAGGAAUCGUGGAACUCCUUCCUGACGAAACUGCGCACCCUACUUCUCAUGUCCUUCACGAAGAACCUGGGCCGCUUUGAGGACGACAUGCGCACGCUGCGAGAGAAACGCACCGAGCCUGGCUGGAGCUUCUGUGACUACUUCAUGGUCCAGGAAGAGCUGGCGUUUGUGUUUGAGAUGCUACAGCAGUAUGAAGACGCGCUCGUCCAGUACGACGAGCUAGACGCUCUCUUCACUCAGUAUGUGCUCAACUUCGGCGCAGGAGACGGAGCCAAUUGGCUGGGCUCGUUCUGCCAGCCUGUGCGCGCCUGGAGUGGCCUGCUGCUUCGGCGGCCCAUCGACAUGGAGAAGCGGGAGGUGAUCCAGCGCGGCGAGGCCUCGCUGCUGGACCUGCGCAGCUACCUGUUCUCCCGCCAGUGCACGCUGCUCAUCUUCCUACAGAGGCCCUGGGAGGUCACACAGAGGGCUCUGGACCUUCUACACACCUGCGUCCAGGAGCUGCGGCUGCUGGAGGUGUCUGUCCUGCAGGGGGCGCUGGACUGCUGGGUGUUCCUCAGCUGCCUGGAGGUGCUGCACCGCAUAGAGGGCUGCUGUGACCGCUCCCAGCUGGAGGCCAACUUCUCUCACACCGUGGGCCUCUGGACGUACGCUACGGAGAAGCUGAAGUCCCUGGGCUACAUGUGUGGCCUGGUGUCGGAGAACGGGCCCAGCUCAGAGGAGCUGAACCGAACGGUGGACCUGCUUGCUGGCCUUGGGACAGAGAAACCAGAGACAGUCAACAGUCUCCAGAGCCCAUAUAAAAAACUCAAAGAAGCUUUAUCGUCAGUGGAAGCGUUUGAAAAACACUACCUGGAACUGUCCCAUGCUGCGCUGGAGAUGUACAGAGCCAUCGGGAGGCUCCGCUCGGGCCGCCUGGUUGGGAAGAGCCUGGCUGAGUUCUACAUGAGGAAGGGUGACCCCCAGAUGGCACAAACCUUCUUGCAGGAUGCCCUGAAGUCGUAUACAGCGGAGGGCUGGAGCUUGCCCAUCACACACACGCGCAAACAGAUCGCCGAGUGUCAGAAACAGCUCCAAAAGACAGAGGACUACCUGCAGACGAGUGCUCUGCUGGCCAGCGAUGCCAACCUGUCAGACGAGGAGAGGAAGCACUUCUGCCAGGAGAUCCUCACCUUUGCCAGCCAGGCCUCAGAGGGCAAAGACCAGUGCAUGGCUCUAAGCAUGACUGCAUUUGCACAGCUCCGGGAGCUUCAGUUUCACCCUUCAGCCGCGACAGUGCACAUUGGCGCCGCCCUGCAGCUGGAGCUGCGUCUGUGCAGCCUGAUGCCGGUUCCGGUGCACCUGGAGCAGCUGGUGUGCACCGUCCACUACUCUGAGAUACGGCCUGCCCCCGCCGGCUCCCAGCGCCGUCCAGCGCUCAGCCCGGACGGCACAGUCACCUUCCCAGCCACAAGCCCCUCACGCGGGGCAGCGCCCGGCCCGGCCGCCCCCGCCUUGGAGCUCCAGGAGAUACAGGACCGUAGCCCCUCGGACAACGCGCUCAACUCCACUGGCGUCGUCUGCAAGAACGUACACCUGCUGAUGCGCAUCAACGACAACCCCGCCUCCCUGGACCCGCCCAGCGCCGCCGCCUCCGCCAUCACUGUGGAGGAUGGCGCAGAGAUGCUGAAGGCCAACGAUGUGACACUGCUGCCUGGCAACAACAGCAUCGUCUUCUCAGCGCCAAGUCUGAAGGCUGGCUCCUACACCCUGCGCCAGCUGUGUGCUACCGUUGGCCAGGUGCAGUUCGUGCUGCCCCACAUUUACCCCAUAGUGCAGUACGACGUCUACUCCCAGGACCCUCAGCUGACCGUUGAACCCCUCACAGAGAGCCUGCUGGCUGGGCUCCCUCAGCGAGUGAAGUUCACCAUCCUGACGGGCAACUACACCGUGAAGAAGGGUGAUGCCCUGCAGCUGAGUAACUCCGACUCCAUGCCCAUCCUGCACUCCUCCGCCUGUUCCGCCUGCAUUCUCACCAGCACCGGAGACCAGGUGGGAGAGGCUUCCGUGUCUAUCCAGUCCUCGGAGAAGGUGACGAGCAUCUCUUUGCCGCAGACUCCACCCUACCACACACUGGAGUUCCAGCUGGAGGUGCUGUGCCAUAUACCAUCAGCCCCAGCACGGGCUGAAAGUGAGCGCCUCACCAACGGCGAGGUCCGCCACCGGCCCAAGAACCGAACACGCUACAACAGUGGCAUGGCCUCCAUUGACCAGAAGGUGUCUGUUGACUGUCCCUGGUCUAUAUACUCCACACUCAUAUCCCUCACCUUCUACACGCCCUUCAAAGCUCAGCACUCGCUACUGUCUGCUGGGAAAAGGAAGUACAUUCAAGUAUGCCUCCGCAACGUGUCAGACACAAACUUCCGCCUGGCCAAUCAGACGCUCGCAGACCACCAGUGUACGCCUUCACUGCAGCUGCUCUCUCUCAAUGCUAAAACGCACCAGCUGGUGUAUAGUAAGCAGUGUGUGUACAGCCUGUGGGAAGUGAAGUGGGCCACCGAGCCACCGUCGUGUUUGCAGUGUGUGUUUACUGCCAGCUUCUCACCAGCUGAUGCACCGGACACUGCGCUUAAACCCUACAGAUAUGAGUUCCAGAUCGAAAGAGUCACGACACUAUACAGUGUGAAGGCAGAGAUCCAGCCUGCAGUGGGGGAACAGCACUGCCACGCUGGAGCCCUCUGUCGGCUGGAGGUCUCAAUCACACGUGUGAUGGACCCCAGCGAGGCAGAAAGGGAGGAUGAGGAGUACACAGAGAGUGAAGGCCUCCGCACAACCAAGUUGAUGUAUGAGGUGGUGGAUAACAGCAGUAAUUGGGCCGUGUGUGGGAAGAGUUCAGGCCUGGUGUCCAUGCCUGUGGCUGCCAUGGCGACUCACAAGGUUCAGAUGGAGGUCAUGCCACUGUUUGCAGGCAAGCUCCCCUUCCCCAGCAUUAAAGUGUCCAAGUACCUGGCCCACAGUGCACCACCCACCACUCAGCCAGAAGCAGACUCCUGCCUGGAGAACGACAACCUCUCCCUGCUGGACAAGGGUCUGGAGGACCAGGGUGACACGGCCAGCCUGCGCAGCCGGGGCAGUGUUCACUCCCUGGGCAGUGGCGAGCAACAGCAGAGGGGUCCACCCAUGCCCAGGCUGGAGUCCUUCAGCCCGGGCCAGGUGUUCAACUGCAGCAUGGCACGCCAGGUCUUGGUGCUCCCCAGCACAGAUGACCACGUGCUAGAGGUCAACGUCACAUGACAUGAGUGGAAGGCCCCGCCCCGCCUGGUCCUGGACCCUGGUUUCUGUGAUAUCGCUGGACAGGAGACUGGGGAGGGGAGGGGUUCUGGUGUGGGACAGUGGGGCGUCCCUAUCCCUGGACUCGGUGGGCGGGCGUUGGAUGUAGGCUGAGCCUGAUCGCAGAAACACAAAUACAUCGCAGGAACCUGAGAAUCCAUUUGCUGUCUUAUUGUUUCGGUCUUAUUUGUUCUCUCCAUUUCCUGUUUACUCCCACACUGGGAGGUGUACCUAACUGGAAAGCUCGCAGUGUCCUCCCCCUUCUCUCACCUCCCCUGUUCAACUUCCUGCAAGAGAAGCUUUCGUUACUACGACUGUGACUAGAGUCCCACUAGCAGACAUGCAUCCACGCACAUGGACCUUCACGGUGACUUGUGGAAGGGUUCGCAGACAUUGUGAGCUUAUUCUGGGAAACCCUGUGCAUGUGAGUUGUGGGAUGUUUUACUUUACUGCGUCUGACCCCUGGCUCGCAUGCAUCACUGUGCUCCAGAACACAGCCGACCUGUGACAGGUGGAAAAAGACGGGAGAAGGGAUGGGGUCAGGCCUUGCUGAGCUACUGUUUAAAACCCACUGGGUCAUGUUCUCCGUCGCGCUUAACUUCCGGUGUUCUGUGUGUUUGCGCGUGUGCGUUUGUGCGUGUGCAUACAUGGAGAAAGAGGAUGACGUUAAAGUAGCUACCCACACACACACACACACACACACACACAGCCCAUCCUGUUAAAUCAUAUUCCUGUGCAAGUCACCCUCCAGCCCUGUACAUAGUGUUAAAUACGUAGAUAUUACUGAAUGAUGAAUCACUUAUAACUGCAUAGGCUGCACCAAUGCACCAAAUACAAUUUGAGGAAAGGCCGACUUGCAGCUUUGAGUCACAGAUUCUGAAGUACUCAGUCACUUCUUUGGCGGGGGGAAUAUUUUUGCCCUGGUUUGGUUUUGUAGUUUUUUUUUUUUAUUUUAAAGGUGGUGGACUUGGGAGACACCUCAGAAGAAAGACUCAGACUGUACUUCACUGUCAGUGACUGUAGACAUUUGGCCUGAAGUUCCUAAUCAUGCGGGUUGGCUGCAGUGUUCAUUUGCACAUACUUCUUGACAUGCUGUCUUUUUUGGGCUUUUUGUUGGAAUUUUUCCUCUCCAAUUUGUUUUUAGCUAUUCUGUUGCUAUAGCAACCCAUUUCAUUGCAAAAAUGAAUAGCUAUUGCAAAAAUUGCAAUAACUAACUCAAAUCAAGCUCCAUGACCUCAAUACGUCUAAUGGCACUGUUGUGGACAAUUAUCUGGCAUAACCAAUAUACCGUUUAACCCUUUCAGGAGCGUCUCCACCAACUCCAGAAUUCUCUGCAGAGAAUGACCAGUUGCUUCCAUCACACUACCAAAAGAACCAUCACCUCUGUGACAUGUCAAUCAUGCAUUUGUGUGACAUUUGUUACUCCUGAGAGGGGUUACCACAUAAUGCCAGUUCACAGGUGUCCAUUUUUGUACUGUGCUGUCUGUGAGAGGUUUGUGUUGGUUCUGUGUUUUUGAGUGAAGUACAUUUUACAGUGCUUACAUGAUUUAGAAAAUUAAGAGAAAAUUAUCAAGUGAGGAUUUUGGGGUUAAAAAGAAUUAUAUAUAUAUAUAUAUAUAUAUAAUAUAUAUAAUAUAUAAUUUUUUUUUUUUUUUUGGAUGCCAAGUUAGUAAUUACAACUUGUCUAAACCUCAGUGUCAAGGUGAUUGGCUUUGGGUUUCUGUGCAGUGGAGACUGGGGCCUGUGAAGGCUGAAGCCUAGAGGCUGUGUCCCAAAUAGCUGGACACACCCCAUUUCCUACUUUGUGAGAUAAUGUGUAAAAUGGUUUAGGGCAGAUAAUUCAUAACACCCAAGCAUGUGGGAUUUCCAUGCGUCAUAUGUAGAAAGGCUGCCCCUUCCCCCCCCUUGUUUGCUUUGUCUGAAAUGUUUGGUUCUCUUGGCAGAAGAGGGCUUGUCUGGGGCAGAAGACUCAUAAAAGAACAAGGUGCAAAUUAAUUGCGUUGUUGCUUGUGUGCGUGUUGCAGAUCCUCUGAGUUUCAUGUCUAGCGCGGUAUUUAUUCUGUGAAUAAAUCUUUCCUCUGUCUCAGA